CUCAAUAAGAGAUCCUUGCAUGAUUGGCAAAUCAUUCGUUGUUUUAUCCGUGUGGUCAGCAAGAUAGGCAAGACUGCAACGAACUGCUUCAGUGAGGCCCUCUAAUAUUGCAUCUUCCAUCACUUCCUGAUAGGCCAACCAUUCCCUAGAAUCUGGAUCCGCGUUAUAUAGAUAUAAGUUUUCUGCUACAAUGUGAAGUAUCUGAUCAGAUAUGUUGAGGAUUUCCCGAUAUCGAGUUUCCUUAAUCAAUCUUUGAUCCUUCAAUGGGAUUAAGCAAUCAAACUUUCCUUCCUUUCCCUGAUACAAUGGGACAGUACUCCACGAAGAUGCAAGAUCCCUGAUUCUUCGUAGAUUCUCCUGCGCAGACAGAACCCUACUUCUCAAAUCGUUUAUAACUGCCAGGUUUUUGUCAAUGAAUUCAAUAUCAUAAUUUUCCCAAUUCAUUUGGUCAAAAGCUGGUGAUAACGCAUCUUCGAAAUUUUUCAUUUUUGUUGAAAUUAGAGGAUACUCAACCGUGUAACACCGUUGACGUACGGUGUUAUAAGCACUUGAGAUUUGAUUCAAUUUAAGUCUCGCUUGCCGAAUAGGAUCAGAUCUCUCAAAUAGUUGUAUAGUUUCCUGAGGUAAUUUUUCCUUUAAUUUUUCGAUCGUAGAGACAAUGUUUUUCUCAAAUUCCGUGGGUAAUUCAUUAGUACAGGCCCCCUCGCCACUCAUCAUGAGUAGAUAGCGAACCUCAUCUAGUAUUUCAACUAAUUGCUUUUCGAAAUUCACAUCAAGCAGGCCUCCACUAUCGCGUUUUAGCAACGGUAGUUUCAGAUUGAUUCGGCAUUUUUCGGGUGA